GACUCACUUCUCCCGCCCUUCCCUUUCUCCCGACAUUCCUACAUCCCCGUCCAGGACUACCAUCGAAGCCAAUUGCACGCUGUCCACGCGCAGCAGCUCUCCCUCUACUCACCAUGGCCGCCCUCAAGGAGCAAGUGGGCGAGGUACUGCUGGGCACUUCCGAGGAGCCCCAGCUGUCGCAGCUCACGCGCUCAGCGUUCCUGAAGUACGCCCAGAAGGACGAGGCCACAGGCGAACACUUCCUCACCGAGGACGGCUUCAUCGAGGCUGUCGCUCCCGAGAGCGAAGACUACCACAAGAUCAAACGCUACCAGUACGGCAUCCUAUUCCAGGUUGCAGACCGCGAGCGGAAGGGCAAGGUCGACAUCCACGACUGGGGCGUCUUCCAGAACCUGCUUGCGAAACCUGACGCCGAGUACGAGGUCAUUUUCCGCUUCUUCGACAAGAAGGGUACUGGCUACAUCAACUUCGACGAGUUCUACGACACAUGGAAGGCGCACAAGACAGAGGACAGCCUGCCCUUUAACUGGGAAGCUGAGUGGGCAACGCUGUACAUUGGGUCCAAGAAGAGGAGACACGCGAUGACGUACCCGCAGUUCGCGCAGAUGUUGCGCGGACUGCAGGGCGAGCGUGUUCGACAAGCCUUCUUGCACUUUGACGCCAACAAGGAUGGAUACAUUGAGCCUUCGGACUUCCAACGCAUCAUCCGCGAGACAGCAAGCCACAAGCUGUCGGAUUACCUGCUCGACAACCUCACAACUCUAUGCAACAUCUCUGUAGGGAGCAAGAUCUCAUACGCCAACGUCCGCGCUUUCCAGAACAUGAUUCAGCAGAUGGACAUGGUCGAGUUGAUUGUUCGCAACGCGACUCAGAAGAGCACCGAUGGCAAGAUCACACGCACAGACUUCCUCAACGAGGCCGCCAGGAUAAGCAGGUUCAACCUCUACACCCCAAUGGAGGCAGACAUCCUCUUUCACUUUGCCGGGUUGGACGACCCGUCAGGAAGACUCAGUCUGAAGGACUUCGCUCGCGUGCUCGACCCCUCGUGGCACACCGCUUCUCACCUUGGAGCUACCGCCAUCUCUGAUGCUGGCCAGAAGGUCUUUGCAACCACCAAGUCGAUAUGGCACGAUGUUCUCGAGUCGGUCCACCACUUCGCGCUUGGUUCUCUGGCUGGAGCUUUCGGUGCUUUUAUGGUGUACCCCAUCGAUCUAGUCAAGACGAGAAUGCAGAACCAGAGGAGCACCGGUGUCGGAAACGUCCUUUACAAAAACUCUCUUGACUGCGCCCAGAAGGUCAUCAAGAACGAGGGUUUCAGGGGACUGUACUCUGGUGUAUUGCCACAGCUUGUCGGUGUAGCCCCCGAGAAGGCUAUCAAGCUGACGGUGAACGAUCUGGUACGAGGAAAGAUGACAGACAAGGACACCGGCAAUAUCAAGUUGCCAGCCGAGAUUCUGGCUGGUGGCAUGGCUGGUGGAUGUCAAGUGGUCUUCACAAAUCCCCUUGAGAUUGUCAAGAUUCGUCUGCAAAUUCAGGGUGAACUUGCAAAGAACGUGGACGGUGUUCCCAGGCGAUCAGCUAUGUGGAUCGUGAGGAACCUGGGUCUUGUUGGCCUGUACAAGGGAGCCAGCGCCUGUCUGCUCCGUGAUGUUCCCUUCUCCGCUAUUUACUUCCCAUCAUACAGCCAUCUGAAGAAGGACUUCUUCGGCGAGAGCGCUCAGAAGAAGCUGGGCGUCCUUCAGAUGUUGACCGCUGGUGCCAUCGCUGGUAUGCCCGCCGCCUACCUUACCACACCGUGCGACGUCAUCAAGACACGUCUGCAAGUCGAGGCGCGCAAGGGCGAUGUUACCUACAACGGUCUGCGUGACUGCGCGAAGAAGAUCUGGCAGCAGGAGGGUUUGAAGGCUUUCUUCAAGGGUGGACCUGCCCGUAUCAUGCGAUCCUCGCCUCAAUUCGGUUUCACUCUGGCCGGUUACGAAGUUCUGCAGCGAUCUUUCCCUAUGCCUGGAGGCGCUGAUGCUGAGGCCAGUCUGGAGCCUUCAGUCGGUCUCGAGGAAGCCACAGCUCCUUUGCCCUACCUGCGGAGCCGUAACGCCCUGAAGGUCAUUCUCGAUCUCGACGAGAAUUUCGGUCGCCCAAGAUUGCCGACAGGGCAAACGUUCCGCGGCAUCCCAGGCUUCGGCGGCAAACAAGCAUAAAGAAAUGGAGCAUAAGUGUGUGGGUGAUGAAUGUCACAAGUGUGGGAUGACACCAGCCGGUUCUCAAUGUGGAAUACCUCAU